AUGAGGCAGUAUUAUAGCAAUGCAGAAGUAACUUUAACAGCUCUAAAUGACGAAAUAAAUGAUACAAAUGAUAUUGAUAUAAUAGAAAUGUUAGGCAAAAUACAGGAACCUGAGCCCUUAGCCAAGCGUCUUACACCGAUGUUGGCAAAUACAAUAGCAGAAAUGAAAAAUGACAAAGCAGAAAUGAGUUUAAAUCAAGCUUUAUACGCUAUUAAAAGUAGAGGUAGAAGUGUGCCAGUGGAUGGCUUUUAUUCUAUUUUAGGUUUAGUUCCUUAUGGUGAUAAAGUAGUUCCUAAAUACAAGGGAAAAUUAUGCAAGGAAUCCGAAUUGGAGAAAGCCUUGUUAGAUGUAAUGAAAGUAGCAGUUGAGAAUGAUGAAAAAGGUUCAACCAAGGUGGAAGGAAGUGCAGGGAAAAUCAACUCUAGAAGCAGAAACGAUAGAUUAUUUAUUAAUUUUGCUGAAAAAAAUAUUGAGUUAGACUUGAAACUUGAUAGUGGAAAACAGGAAAAAUCAGAAGGUAUGAUACACUACACUAUUUUACCUAGCGAAAGCCAAAAUUUUCAUAAAGUGGAAGGAGGAUUUGAAGUGGAAGGAGGACUUUAUCGAAAAGAUGUAGAAAUUAAACUAAAAGGUUAUCGGCAAGAACCAAUAAAAGUAUCCUUAUUAGGAACUCGGGAAGCUUUGGAGUUGGCUAAGAGUGAUUGUAGCUUGGUAGUGCUUUAUAAGGAAGCAUUUAAAACUGAUAAAUUAUUCGCCCUUUUAUUGGAAAAGACAGAAAAUGAAAAUGUCUAUCACCGUUUAGGGUUGGUAGAGGUAGGAGAUAAUGGAAAAAUAAAAAUUGAUGAUGAGUUGUCUAAGUAUCUGACAAAAACAAUAAUAGGAAUAAAUAGUUCGCAAAUAAACUUAGAAAUUGCCCAAGAAGCAAAAUUGCAAGCCCAAAUCCAAAUUGAACCCAAAGGUAAUAAUUAG